CUUUCUCCACUCUUCUUUUUCUCGUAGAAGCCACUGCACUUCCUCGGCUGAAUCCCAGGCAAACGGUGCCACUGCCACCUUUCAAAACUAAAAUUUUGCUUUGAUAUUGUGAUCUCCAAUUUUCGUUUGCCGACAUUCAAGAACUAGACAUUGAUUAAGUAAUGGCUGUUGAAACUGAGGUCGCAACUCCUUCGGAAUUGGCUCUGGCGGAUACCGAUGUCAAUUGGACAAGGUUGGACAAGACAAGGUUUCACAUCAUCGGGGCUGUACUGUUUACUGCUCAGCAAGCCUUACUGCAUCCAACUGCAGUAGUAAAGACGAGAAUGCAAGUAGCUGACUCUGGUCUCUCUCACUCGGGCGGAAUCUUUGUGUUCAGACAUAUACUGAGGAAUGAUGGUAUUCCUGGUCUUUUUAGAGGAUUUGGCACGUCUGCUAUUGGGUCAUUACCCGGUAGAGUACUUACUUUGACAUCACUUGAAAUGUCGAAAGAUGUGAUGUUGAAAUACACUGAAGGACUAGAUAUGUCUGAAGCAACGCGUGUUGGUAUUGCAAAUGGAGUGGCAGGCAUGUUAUCGAAUCUAGUUUCUUGUGUGUACUUUGUACCUUUGGAUGUGAUAUGCCAAAGACUAAUGGUGCAAGGGCUUCCUGGGACUACAUUCUGCAACGGGCCUUUUGCUGUCAUGCGUAGAGUGAUGAAGACUGAAGGGUUCCGUGGUUUGUAUAGAGGUUUUGGAUUGACAGCUGUAACCCAGUCCCCUGCAUCUGCACUUUGGUGGGGGGUGUAUGGUGCUGCCCAACACAUCAUUUGGAGGAGCCUGGGCUAUAGAGAUGAUAAGGAUGAGAAACCGUCUCAUUGGGAAAUGGUAGCAGUUCAGGCUACAGCAGGACUGGCGGCUGGCGCUUGUUCCUCAAUUAUCACUACUCCUGUUGAUACUGUAAAGACUCGCCUACAGGUUAUGGACAACUAUGGUGUUGGAAGGCCUUCAAUACUUAAGACGGCAAAGGCGCUAUUCAAGGAAGAUGGAUGGUGGGGUUUCUACAGAGGCUUUGGACCUCGAUUCUUCAACAUGUCGCUAUAUGGGACUACUAUGAUUGUUACCUAUGAAUUGACAAGUAGGUUUCUGCUCAAGUGCUGCUUGUUAAACAUAUGGGUAACUUUAGAAUUUCACUUCAACCAACAAAAUAACUAAUUGAUAGUUUUGGUGCUUGGACAUUUUUCACCAAGUUUUUGAUAUGCUGUAUUUUAGGUUCAUGCUUUUGAAGCACAUGUUCAAAUAUAUUUUGUUUUUUACUGUCAAUUUCAUAUUGUUUUCAUUUAGUUCUCUAGAAAUUCUCUAUCUUGCAAAAAAUUAUUUCUAGUCUUUUGCUCCCCAGCUUUCACUAUUUGGGAAACUUUUAUCCCAUCUAAUCAGAUAAAUUAAUAUCUGAUUACAGUUUAAACAAAUUAUAAGCAGAAACAUUGUUUGCAAAUGCAAGGAAUUUGGCUUCAAUCUGCCCUUUUUUUUUUCUUUUGAAGGCUCUAAAUGUGCCCUUCCGAAUUCCAAGUAUUGCAUAAUUCAUAAAAAUUUCUAUUUUGUUUU